AUGACGAUCGAAGAGCAGCCCGAGCGGUUCAGCAACAAUCGUAAAGCCGACUUUAAGUUAAUCUACAAUCAGCCCGAUCCUCGCGCUUACUUCGCCGCUUUGACGCCGCUGCAAUACCAAAUCCCACAACAGGCGCUUCCCUUCGUCAAGCGUAUUCUCCAGCAUAUCUCAAGCGGCAACCCAUCACCAAACUUCAACGGUGAUGAUGUGGUGACCAAAGCAAACAAAAUCAAGAUUCUGGAUGUAUGCUCUUCCUACGGCAUCAACGCUGCCCUCCUACGCCACGACAUUGAUAUGGACGGCCUGGCGGAACACUACGCCUCCACCCCGAAACCCUCUUCUCGGGAACAAAUCGAGGCCGACGAGCGGUUCUUUGCGGAACGUGUAUUGCUGCGUGAGCAAGGCUCGGAAAACGAGAUCGAGGUAAUCGGCUUAGACGUCGCACCCGAAGCCAUAUCAUACUCCGUAAAAACAGGCCUCCACGCAGCCGGCUUCACAGAGAACCUCGAAGCCUCCGACACCUCACCGGACUUCCGCCAAGCACUCCACGAUGUCAAGCUCGUGGUGUGUACCGGCGGGGUAGGCUACGUCGGCGCCUCAACCUUCACCCGCAUCGCUGCCGCCGCGCGGGCUUCGCCGAGUUCGCCCUCGGAAUUGUGGAUGGUGACGUUUGUGCUGCGCGUCUUUUCGUUUGAUGAGGUUGCGGAGAGAUUGAGGACGGAGUUUGGGCUUGUGACGGAGAAGGUUGAGGGCAGGGUGUUUCGGCAGAGGAGGUUUAGUUCGAGGGAGGAGCAGAGGGCUGCGGUUGAGGAUGUUAGGCGCAAGGGGCUUGAUGAGAGGGGGUUGGAGGGGGAUGGGUGGUUUUGGGCGGAAUGUUGGGUUACGAGGCCUGAGGGUUGGAGUGGGGAGGUUGGGAAGUUGGUUGAGGGUCUUUGA